CAACAAACAAACGCGCAGUGAAGAAACAAGCUCAACGAACUAGAAACUGUUGCUUUGUUUCUUGCACGCACAUUCUCACCUGAAUCCAAAAAGAGUGGCUCAGUGUUCAUUCCGUUCCCUUUUCAUCGCUUGCUGUUGAAGCUAGCGCCAUUUUCUCUGAAACUGUUGUAUAAAAGCAAAGAAUUGUUUCCUGAAUCUUGUUCUGCAUAUAUCUUUUCCCAUCUGAUGGCUGAGGAAAGUGUUGAUGUACCAGUGAUCCCAGGAGCAACUAUGUCACAUGGAGUUGAACUAAGAAGGCACUCUUCUGGAAGAGCAAGUUCUGGGAAUGAUAAAGAAAAAGUUGUUCCACAAUAUCUCAGAGCCUCUACUGGCUCUUGUCAUGAUUUUUGCAAAUAUGGGGCAAGGAAGCAUGUGGUUGAAGCUAAGGAGGAGAGGCUUUCAAUACCUAAGAGAGCUGAAAGAAAACCACGUCAUCAUAGUUUAGAAAACAUUAAUGGUGGGAUCAUGACAUCAUUUACCAAGCUUAGAGCUUCCGCUGAUUCUGAGCCGACAAAGAUACCGAGGCGCAGACAAUCAGUUGAUUCUGUGCUCCACAUUUCUGUUGAAAAAUCAUCUGAGAUAGGAAAUGAAGCUGUGGUGAACAAAAACAUAACACCACUUGUCAAGGUCAAAUCAUCUCUGCUUCAAAACUCCCAUGUUUCUUCUAUCCACAGGAGGCAAGAAAUUUCAUCAAGUUUUAAGGUGGAAACUCCAUUAAUGCUAACUUCAAAGAGGGUGGAACCUACAUUGAAAUCAACUUCUGAGAGGGUGAAAACUCAUCAAAAAGCAGCUUCCCAGAUGGUCAAAGCUUCAUCCAAACACAUUUCCAAGACCGCAAAAACGUCAUCAGAGUUUGCUGAGAAGUAUGUGAUUUCCUUGAAUCCAGAUUCCAUUGCAACAAAGAAGGUAUCCUCUAAGAAUUCCUCAGGAAACUCAGGUGGCCAAAGGAACAGUGAGAUUAAAAAGGAAAAGAAGAAAGUCUCCUGCAAAGUUACUUCACCUUUAAGAGCUUCAUUUCCAUCCAAACCUCUCAAAAGCAUUGCAAGUAUUAAUGCAAAAAUGCGCAGGAGCCUGAAAAUUGUGUCUAGUCUUAAGAAUCAACCCAGGCCUAGAAAAGUUGAAGCUGAGGAACACAACAAUGAGGCUCAGGAAAAGACUUUGUAUGUCAUCAAGGUAGAAAGUGAAAAACAAGCUUUGCAGUCUGAUCAAAAUACAAGCCAGGAUAUUGAAUUGUCCCUCCCUCAUUCUUUGUCAUCACAUAAGUUGUCAUCUUCCUCAAUUUCUAAGCUCUCACCCCAAGAAGACCAGGAGGAAUCUGAAUCUGAAUCUCAAACCAGUGAAUAUGUAGAGGCAUUAGAAGUUGAAGAGAAUGGAAAGCCUCAAAAGGAUGGGAUUGUACCAGGCUUUGAGGGGAAAUUGGUUGAAACUAUGACUGAGAAGAGUAGUCUUAUGAGGCUUAAGUUCAGGAGAGGAAUAGUGUUGGUGGGAAAUGCUACUGAUAUUCAUGCUGAUGCUGACAACAUUGAUGGUGUAAGUGUAACUGAGAAGGUUGUUUUGAGACAUCAAGAUAUGCAGGACAAAAAAGAUGGGUUGGUUUUGUUCAACAAUGUGAUUGAGGAAACAGCAAGUAAACUUGUUGAAACUCAGAAGAGCAAGGUGAAGGCAUUGGUUGGAGCCUUUGAAACUGUGAUCUCUCUCCAAGAGAAAAAGCCUGUUGCUAACAGUGUCAAUUGA